GGGGUUGAGGAGGGAGACAUGCAUAUGCAAAAGCAGAGUAUUUCUCAAUAGACACACCCGCCCUGCAGAGAAUAGUAGAACAAGCUUUCGGUUUCAUAGUCUACGUCAAGGCUAACAGAGGAGAGCCAUGGCCGUUCAGCUCCUGAAGGAGAAGAGGAGGUCAUUUGUGUGCAUGGUGAGCCCCGGCACCCUCAAUGGCUUGCUGGACAAGCUGCUGGAGCUGAGAGUGCUGAGCCAGGAGGAGAUGGAGAAGGUGAGGGAUGAAAAUGCCACCGUGAUGGAUAAGGCCCGAGUGCUGAGCGACUAUGUCAUCAAGAAAGGGCGCCGCCCCUGCCAGAUGUUCAUCAGUCACCUUUGUGAAGAGGACCCCCUCCUGGCAGAGACACUGGGCCUCUCCACAGAUGGGCAGCCUGGAGCUCACCCUGGUGCACAAGCUGCCCCAGCUGUGGCUUCUCCCCUCUCAGUUCCCCAGGCAAUGAGUGCGGAACGAAGCCCACUUGGGACUGAAUCUUCAGCAUCUUCAGAGCUGGGAGGGCAACUCAAGCUUUGUCCCCUGGAAAUGGCCCAAAGGAUACAUAGGGAAAAGUCAAAUCAGAUUUACCCAAUCAUGCCAAGGUCAGAGCGCAAACGUCUCGCUCUCAUCAUCUGCAACAUUGAGUUUGAACAUCUCUCCAAGAGGACUGGAGCUGAUGUUGACAUCAGAGGAAUGACGGCACUGCUAGAAGGCCUGGGGUACAGCGUGGAUGUCAAAAAAAGCCUCACGGCUUCGGACAUGAUUGGGGAGCUGAAGGCAUUUGCCGCCCGCCCAGAACACAAAGAUUCAGACAGUGCCUUUGUGGUCUUCAUGUCUCACGGUAUUCGAGAAGGCAUUUGCGGGAAGAACUAUUCUGCUGACAUCCCUGAUGUUUUACAUGUGGAUACUAUCUUUCGAAGUCUGAACACUCAGAACUGCCCAGGUUUGAAGGACAAGCCCAAGGUGAUCAUCAUCCAAGCCUGUCGAGGUGAGGGACAAGGAGUGACGUGGGUGAGAGAUUCAGUAGGAGCUGUUGGAGACAGCCCUUCACUGGGUGCUGAAGAUUUUGAGGACGACGCCGUUAAGAAGGCUCACGUGGAGAAGGAUUUCAUUGCUUUCUGCUCUUCAACCCCAGAUAAUCUUUCUUGGAGACAUCCUCAGUGGGGCUCUCUGUUCAUUAUGAAGCUCAUCCAAGUUCUGCAAGAAUAUGCUUGGAGCUGUGACCUGGAGGACAUGUUCCGAAAGGUACGGCUUUCAUUUGAGCAGCCAGGAGGUAGGGUACAGAUGCCCACCACAGAAAGAGUGACUUUGACAAGAUGUUUCUAUCUGUUCCCAGGACAUGAAGGUCUCCAGAAACAGGGAAGAAUUCCUAAUGUCACAGGCAUCUUUGUAUUUCCAACAGGAGACAACAAAAACCCAUUUAAGAUUGUUGAAGUUGUGGGUAAAGAAGUCCUCACUGGUGUUUUGAGUAAGCUGGUGGAACAGGAUGUCUUGAAAUUGAAGGAAGAGGAGAAGAGGAACUUCAACAAUGCCAACCCGAGAGACAAGGCCUGGGUCUUGGCAGACACCUUCAAAGGCAAACGGCGAGAAGCAGGCAAACGAUUUAUCCAGACCUUCUUCAAUUUCGACACAAACUCCACCAGUUCAGAAGAAGGUGAGGGUGGAGUCAUCUACAAUGGCUCUCUGACAGUUUCCAGUAUCUUUUUAGUCCAAGACUUCUACAUGUCCUCCAUAACCUGCCCUCGCCACCACUCCAGUACCACACUAUCAUUUAUAUUGAACACACUAUUGUCCUUUAAGAGAUCACCUUGGAGUGCAGCUGGCACAUCACCCCAUACAGUCACAGCUAAGAACUUCAGCUGUGAGGAGCCGUCCCCAGCUUUCUCUGUGAUGUUGGUAAUAUCUGAGCAAGUCACUGCAGCUCGUAUCGUGACAUAUCCCACAGGAGAUCUGGAGGUUGCCGCUGGGCCACCUGAGCCAGAAGAGUCUAGAGAAGCUCUCAAGCUCUGUCCUCCAGAGGAGUUCCUGAGGAUCCGGAAUCAAAUGGCUGGAGAGAUCUACCCCAUAAAGGAGAAGAAGGAUCGCACUCGCCUGGCACUCAUCAUAUGCAAUAUGGAGUUUGACAACCUUUCUUUCAGGCAUGGGGCUGACCAGGACAUUGCUGGGAUGAAGGGGCUCCUCGAGGCCCUUGACUAUAAAGUAGAUGUGGAAAUGCAGCUCACAGCCACGGAGAUGGUGUCCGUGCUGGAGAAAUUUGCUGCCCGUCCAGAACACGCAUCCUCAGACAGCACAUUCUUGGUGUUCAUGUCACAUGGCAUCCUGGAAGGGAUCUUUGGGACCAAGCACAGUGAGGAGAACCCAGACGUGCUGUCCUAUCACACCAUCUUCCAGACUCUCAACACCCGCAAAUGCCCUCUGCUGAUGGAUAAACCCAAGGUCGUCAUUGUCCAGGCCUGCAGAGGUGUGAAUCGUGGGGAUGUGAUGGUCAGUGCUGCCCCAGAGGUCUUUGCAGACAGCGCCUCUCUGUCCCCUGACAACCUGGAGGAUGAUGCUUCCUACAAAACCCACCUAGAGAAGGACUUGAUCGCUUUCUACGCGUCCACGCCACAUAAUAAGUCCUGGAGACACGAGACAAGGGGCUCUCUUUUCAUUACGCAGCUCAUCAGAAACUUCCAGAAAUAUGCGUGGUGCUGUGACUUAGAGGAAAUAUUUCGCAAGGUACAACGUUCAUUUGAGUCUCCAAACCAAACUGCCCAGAUCCCCACGAUGGAAAGAGUAUCCAUGACAAGAUAUUUCUACCUUUUUCCUGGGAAUUAA